GUCAUCUCCUUGGGAGACGAUGCCUUUGCCUUCUGUGUAGGUCGGCACAUUGCCCUUUGCCACCAAAGUCGGCAGAGGUUAGGCUUCCUGGGUCGGGACACCAGGCAUAGAAACAUCACUGCCAUGACGAAGUCUGCGAAUGGCAAGCUGAUAGCCGUAGGCGAGCGUGUUGGGUCGGAUGAUGCCUCCAAUCAGCAUGCUUCACAGAUCAGUGUGCUCAGCCUGCCGAAGGUGGAGAGCAUCGGAGAAAGCAAGGACAUGAAAGACGAGUCCUUGAAAGUUCUCCACCCGACGAACAAGCGACUUGACAUUGUAGACCUCGCCUUCACGGCGGAUGGCAAGCACCUCGUGUCCCUCUCUAGCAUGCCGGACUCGACGGUCUCCUACUGGCGCUGGGAUGUUGAGAAGCUGAUGUCCUCGCAUGACAUGCAGAUUCCAGUCAACCGGGUAUUGGUGAACCCGAGCAACGUUACACAGUUCUCUGUCGGAGGGUACUCCUACUUCAGACUUUGGGACUACAAUCCCAAUGACCAUGGCCUGAACGAGAACCCAUCCCUGUUCCCGCUGAAGCAGGAGAAGCAGAUGAAGGUCGUGGACCACUGCUGGGUGCUUUCUGUCUUCCUGUGCGCUGCUUCAGAGGAUGGGCGCGUCUUCGUUUUCGAAGAUGGGGAACUUCGCGAGGAUGUGGAUGUGCGGGCUCAUAUUGAGAAAGACGAGUCCACUGGCCCCAAAGCCGUCGAGCGGGAGCAGGCAAAAGAGCUGGCAAAGAUCAUGGGCGAGGCCGUGGCAGGGCCCACAACCGCAUCGGAGCCGCCGCCGGUGCGGCUCACGGCGGUGACGGCCUGGCUGCAGGGCUUCGUGGUCGGGGGGGACCAGGGCUACAUCGGCGUCUUCCGAGUGGACGCCAAAGCCCAUGUGGAGUCCAUCGGUACUUUCCGCAUGCCUGGCGAGAAGGCCUGCGGUACUUUCGGGCAUCGGGCAGCCAUUUGGCGCGACAAUGUGGAACAUGAGCACCAGCACGGAGGACCAAUAGUUCUGGCACGUCUGAGGUUAGCAGCCGUUUGCAUCGAGGAGAGCAGCUUGGUGAUCCUGUCCUACGAGGAACAUGAGCCAGAGGUCCCGCGCCUCCUCGGCAACGGGGCGUCAGCGGAACCCGAUGGCCAAGUGGGCGCUGCAUACGCCCGGUUCCCGAUUUCCCAGGCCGACCUCGCGGUGACUGGGCAGUGCCGGGCCUAUCUGCGGUGUUCCAACAGGCCAAUGCGCAAGCCUCUUUCGGUCGUUUUGGUCUCCAGGCUAUGGAAGAGCUUCCGUAAACUCGUGCUCCUACACCCUUGGUCCCGACGCCUCUGCAGAUCCGAAGGGCUGCACCUAAGAAGGCGCUCAGAGUCACAUGUGUCAUGGCGUACAGAGAAGAUAAUGAGCAGGUAA